AUGGCGUGCUUACGCGAGAACUUCGAAGGUGGGGUUGUCCUUGACGGACGGUACCGCACUAUUUCUCCCCUCAACCAUGGCUCUUUUGGCAUGGUCUUUAUGGCUAGACAGCUUGAGACUGGUCACAACGUGGCUAUCAAAUGUCUGACCAAGAAGGCUGCUGCCGACGAAGCUGGCCUCGACUUCGCCAUCGAUGACAAGUCUGAAGAGCUGGAUUUACAUGGCCGUUUGGGCAGGCACCCAAAUAUUGUCAACUUGGUUGACUCGUUUGAGACCGAGUCGCACGUUUACCUCGUUCUCGAGUUCUGCCCCCGUGGUGACCUGUACGAGGCCAUUCGCAACGGCCAGGGACCCCUUGAAACCGAGCACGUCCGCCGCUUCAUGUUGGAACUGGUUGACGCCGUGGAGUACAUUCAUUCCAAGGGCAUCUACCACCGCGACAUCAAGCCCGAGAACAUUUUCCUGACUCAGUCUGGCAUCAUGAAGCUCGGUGACUUCGGCCUGGCUACUACCGAAGAGUGGACGUACGAGACUACCGUGGGCAGUGACCGUUACAUGUCCCCUGAGCAGUACGACUCGGCUGGCGCUGGCUACUCGCCCGCGCAGGCUGAUAUCUGGGCCAUUGGUAUCUGCAUGCUCAACAUCCUCUUCUCACGCAACCCCUUCUCCACGCCGACCGAGGCCGAUCCCAUCUUCCUCGACUUCUCGCGCGACAAGCAGUCUCUGUUUGAUGUGUUUCCCAACAUGUCGCAGGACACUUUCGAAGUGAUUGUCCAGUGCAUGAACCUCGACCCCAAGAAGCGUUCCUUGGCUGGUGUUCGCCAUGCCCUGCGUCGCGUUGUCAGCUUCACCACCCUCGACGAGGCCCUCGAUGACUUUUGCUCUGUCGACCGCCGUGUUGUUGCUUCGGCCAACCGUGAACCUCUACGGACCCCAUCCAUUCAGAGCCCCAUGGUUGAGAACGGUGCCGCUUUCCCGUGGGCUAAAGCCCUGCAGACUAGCACCCCGCAAGCCAUACGCCAGCUCAGUGUCAUCCCCGACAACGAGAGCUACACCGAGGAGCUCUUCUCCAAGUCUGAGGCGACAACAGCUGAUUGGUGCUCGAAUAUGACCGGCGAGACUCCGUCCAUGGCGUCCGUUCUGGACUCCAGCCUCGGCGCUUCCAUGACCUCGCUCGCCAUCAGCCAGCCCAAGAUGAUCCCUCAGCCGACUACUUGGCAGUCCAAGGUCUCGCCUAUGGCAGGCUCCCUUCCGAUCACCAUGCCUCGUGCGCGCAACGCUCCGGCGAUGUCUCUUGUGUUUGGUCGCAAGGACGCCGUUUCCAAGAGCUGGAGCGACAUGUGGGAUGAGGAAGAAGAGGAAGAGGAAGAGCGCCUGCGCCAGCUCGAGUCGCUUAAGAAGCUGAACGCUCGCACUUGGAGCCAGGACAGUGUCAAGGAGGAGGUCAAGCCAGCCAUCGAGAAAGUGAGCAGCAAGCUCAACAUGCUUAGCGACGACGACAACACACCUCGCCUUGGUCUGUCGCCCGCUACGAAGACUUUGGUCGUGGAUGUUCCUGCUGCUGUCGACCGCCAGCCCGUGCCUGCUGUAGAGGCCAAGGAUGAUCUCGAGCUCGACGACGAUGUUCUCUUUUUCUCUGAUCCUCUGACCGAGGAGAAGGAGGUGAAGAAGGAGCAGAACCGCCAAGAUUUGGACAGCUUCCUCGGCCGCAAGGAGGACCGCCAUCAGCAGAUCCAUCUCUCGGUUCGCCUGCCGAACUCGACCGUGUCGCCUGGCCCCUCGCCAUCCAAGUCGCCGUUGUCCUUUGACAAGUGGGAAGCCCUGGGUGAGCGACGCAGGGCCCACACAGGACCGUCGGUGAAUCUCGAGUCCAAGUCGCAGGGUCAACGCUACGGUCAGUCUCUUGGCUACAACGUGAAGUCGUCGUAUGAGCGUGGCACUUCGAACCACUUCGGCAAUGCCUACCACACCUCGUCGGGCCAUCACUUGACCAACACCACGAACAACCACUCCAACGCCACUUUCAAUCCCCACUACGUCAAUGUCUUUUCGCACAAUCAUUCCAACAGCCCCAACAAAUUUAACGCGGGCAAGGAAAAUAUGCGCGACCGUUCCAAGGGGCGUCCCUGGAACAAAGGCCGCGACUGGAACUGGAACUGGCGCCGCGAUCGCCGUCCCGAUUUCAGUAAUGUUGAAUGGGUUGGUGGCUGGUAA